CUGGCGGUUGGAGUAUGGGCUUUGUACAUUCAUAUGUACAUACAUACAUAGACAAGUAUAGUCAAUAAUGGAGCAGUUGAGCGACGUGUUGACGAAUUUGACGGUUUAGUUAUAUGCCAACAGCAGUUUGUUAAGGAAGUGUAUUGCACGCAGAAAAAAGUGUUAAAAUAAAAAUAAAGUGGACAAAUAUAUAAGCAAAAAAAAAAAAAAUGAAUGGAUUAAAGACGUACAGUUGUAUUCGUUAUGUCGAAUGAGAAGCUUAAAACAGGGGAAUAGCUUGCCAUUUAAUGAAGCUAUAAGAGCGCCGAAAAAUGGACAAAUUUAAUUGUAGAGCAAUACACAUAGUAGGCACGCAUAAUAUAUUGAUUUUAAGAAGACAAUAAACUUUUAAUUUAACUAUAAAAAUUCGUAAAUUUAAUUAAUCGAAGGGCGCUUUAGCGCGGUUAGUGAAAGUGUUCAAACGAAAGCAAACGCAGUUAGUGAAGUUUAAGAAAACAAUUUUACAUUCCAUAUUAUUUAUAACCAAUUAAUAAUGGCUCUAAAAAUGUCCAUAUUAAAAGUUAUUUUGGCAUUUGUCAACACAAUGCUGCCGCUGCUGGGCAUCGGACUGAUUGCGCUUUCUGUUUACGACCUAAACACUUCGACGCCUGGCACAAUGCAACACAUUUCGAUCGUAAUACAAAUAUUUAUUGGCUCGUUUGUGGUACUCACCUCAUUUCUGGGCUGUUUUGGAUUGUGCCGCGAAUCGUUGGGUCUCACGUGGAGUUACGUAAGUUGCAUGUUAAUAUUAGUCACAUUUCAAAUUUAUUUGAUUGUUGUGGCUGGCAUCACUGACUACGUGCAGAAUACGACCGAUCACUUUGAUACGCUGUGGAGCAAUGUGACCGUAAAUGCAGCCGAAAUUGCACAAAUUGAGCAACAGUAUGAAUGCUGUGGCAAAUCGGGUACCAUAGACUAUUUGCAACUGGACAAGCGUAUACCAAAAAACUGUUAUCGUAACUUUUCUGGCGCCGAGAAUGAUCUGUUCACAGAGAGCUGUUUAAAGUUAUUGCAGGAGAUGGCACGUAAAAGUGAUAGUACAGGGUUGGCAAUUAAGUUGACCUUAUUCGGGUUUGAGAUACUUGGCUUAUUCUUCUCCGGACUAUUGGGCAUUACUAUACGCAACAAGCGAAGAAGAGACCAAUUUAUCGAUCACUAGAAGUGUUAAAAAGUGCAAAAGCCUUUAGAUAUACAUACAUAAGUAAGUUUAAACAAUGUUGCCUGAAUAAACAUUAGAAAAUUAUGCAUGUAAGUUUAGGUGCUAAGUUACAUUUAUCGAUAAGUAUGUAUUUUGUGCAACGCCUGUUAUAAUUAUUUAUUUUAUAUAAAUUUACAACAAAUUAAAUGC